UCUUUUAUCAAAACCAACAUUUAUAUUUGCUAGUUAAAUCCAAACACUAUACUUGUAACCACAGUCACCAACCCACCGGCAACCACUCAUCCCCACCGAUGCACCGGCGAACCCCCGUCGCCGGAACCACCACCAUCUCCACCGCCACACACCUCAACUUCCCUUUCCCCUUCCAACUGAUCAAAUCAGACACCAUCCCUCCUGCCCCGACCCGACCCGAAUCCACCAUCGAUUGGCUACCGGACUAUCUAGGGCACGCAUGGAUAGCGUACGCAGCCUCUUCGCUUCUCGUGAUCUCCAACUUUCCGUCACCGUCAGUUACCAACGGAAUAUCCGGUGAUCCGGUUUUCCGGCAAGUGAUUGAGGUUUCAUCCGACGGUUCCGGUGAUGUGUCCGCGGUUUCAUGGUCUCCGGGUUCGAUGUGUUGUGGAGAAGUAGCUGCUUCUUUGGAGAAUUGUAUUGGUGUGUUUUCACAUAAUUCAGAAGGUUCUUUUUGUUGGAGCCAGACUGCAAUACUCGUGCACGCCACAAACAUUGAGGCCAUCAAAUGGACCGGUUCCGGAGACGGUCUAAUAUCAGUCGGAACCGAUAUCGUUUUAUGGAGAAAAAACGUGCUCUCAUGGGAAAUCGCUUGGAAAUUUAAACCCGAGUUUCUGCAAUCUUUGGUCUCCACUACGUCAACCAUCGAAGGCCCAUUUGCAACCGCACCAUUAAAUAACGACUCACCGUCUGUGUUAAUAUGUCACGGGAAAUCAAAAUGCAUUAAAGCCGAGCUCCACCAUCACGUGCCGGUUUCCAUGAUUCAAUGGAGACCGUUGGUAGCGAACGAAUGGAAAGAGACACCGAAACAUCCGUUAAAGCUCGUUUUGUUAACAUGUUGUGCUGACGGAACCGUAAGGUUGUGGAGUGAGAUUGAUGAUGGGCGGGGACGGAAGACCGGGAAGGCCCAUAAUGAUCAGAGACCACUUGCGUCAACGUUUCGAGUUGCCGCAACAAUCGAGAUAAAUCAAGCGGUAAACGGCAUUCUCGGUUCUAAUGUAUUUGUCAGAUGGGCCACCGAGCUUGAUGGUAUUGUUAAUAUCGGUAACGAAGGUAGUCAGUACUUUCCGUCAGAAGAAUAUCACCUCGGCAAACCGGGAAAAUGUGAUUGGUUAAUAUGUUUCGGUCCGCAAACGCUUAUAACGUUCUGGGCUGUUCAUUGUAUCGAUGAUAUUUCCCCAUUAAGGUUUCCACGCGUUACAUUAUGGAAAAAAUGCGAAUUACCGAGUUGUAAAACCGAAACAAGUUUUCCGCUUCACAAAUCUAUCAUAUCAAGAAACGGGUUCUUCGGCCCGCCAGACGUAUCCUCCGUGAUUCACUUAUUACCAUCUAAUCAUUUAACGUGGUCACAGUUCUAUAAACAAACAUCAUCAGAAGAUUCGGUUUCGGCUAUUGCUAACGGAAGUUUAAACAUAGAUGGUCAUACCGGAAAGAUUUUACAAAUUGAAUUGCAUCCGUCUGUUAGUUAUCCCGAACUUGCGGUUUCGUUAGAUAUUAACGGAGUGAUUUUAUUUUGGUCGUUUUCCAAUAGUGCUAUCAGUUUACCGUUGAACGAUGGCUGCAAGCUUUACGGAAAGUUUGUAGCUCGUGAUUCUCGAUGCAAAUACACUAACUUGAGGUGGGCCCCUGCAAUAAUAGAUGAUUGUAAGGUUCUACUGAUGGGGCAUGCUGCAGGCAUAGAUUGUUUUUUAGUCAACGUUAGUCAAAAUGAAGAUUUUAUAUCAUGUAAUAAACUAUGUACUAUUCCUUUUACGCCUAAUGGCAAUGAAAACGGACCCGCGAGUAUCUGGUCAAUUCCUUUGACUUUUAACAAAUUUAUGGUAUUAGCUGUACGCAAAGGAAACUUUCAGGCGUUAUCAUGGAAAAUCACCAUUCAUCCGGCGGAAAUCAGCUUCAACGAGACUGUAGAAACUGCCACGUAUUCCUUUGAAAGUGAUAUGUCUGGUAAGAAAUAUCGUAUACUUGUUGAUCGUUGCUCAUCAUCAUUUCCAAAUCCGUACGAUCAUGACAACAUUACGAGUUUUGCUACUGGAAUGUUCAACGAUCAUGUUCCGUAUCACAUGGUUACCGGCUGUUUCGACGGUAGUUUAAAACUAUGGAGAAGUUUAGAUCAAGAGUGGGAAUUAGUAGGCGCGGUUGCCGCACAUGCAGGGCCCGUCACGAGAGUUAGUGUAACCGAUUGUGGUCGAAAGAUUGCAACUAUAUCUAACAAGGACGGGUCAAAUGACCACAGUACCCUUCACAUAUGGGAAUCUGUAUACGUUGGAGACGUUGGAAGUUUUUUACUUGAAGAAAGUAUACAUCUUGAUGGUACGGUGGUUGCGUUAAAUUGGUUAACGAUAGGUAACGGUCAGUUCUUGCUUGGCGUUUCCUUGCGGAAUGAACUGCAGGUGUACUCCAUGAGGCGUUGUGAAGGUGAAAGUUCUGUAGGUUCGAAAAAGUCAAAGGAUAGAAACGUGUGGUUUUGUCUUGCGAAAAGUCAAACUGGUCCGACAAUCUGCGAUUUCGUUUGGGGGCCUAAAGCAAGUUGUGUGAUCGUUCAUGAUGACUACUUUUGUCUUUUCAGCCAGUGGUUACUCCCACAGAGCAAAAAACACAUGUCGAAUAGUGGUUCUGAUACUCGUGAUGUUGAAAAAUUGACAUUUAAGGACGGUAAUGAAACAUGCGUGUCAAACGGUGUUAUGAGAAUGAACAAGGAGAAUUGUAUAGUUUCAAGCGUUUCUGAAAACUAUGAACAGAAAUAUGAUAUUUUUACGGAUAUUGGUCUAUCGAGUAUUUUGGAAAUAACAGCAGAUGUUGGUGGCUCUCUACCUGCAUAUCACCCUGAAUCACUUCUAGUCAAUAUUUAUUCAGGCAACUGGAAGCGUGCACAAAGCACCCUGAAACAUCUUUUGGAACAUCUAUCUUCUAAUAAUGUAGAUUUGAAAAGAAUUCCACAAAUGAGCUUGUCAGACUACAUUGAAGGACUUUUUUCUGAAAAGUCAAACAAUAAAGCGUCGUUCACAUGGGAUGCUAAUAUAAAUUUAGAUCAAUUCAGUUAUUCUUCAUGGGAUUCUAAUGGUUCGACUAAUUCGACUUCCACACGAUCUGGACUGAGUGGACUCGCUAAGUUACUUGAGAAGUUACAUGACAUUUUGGUCAUUACUGACACUGAAAAGAUGCAAAUACUUGCGGUUGUCGAUCUUCUUGAAGAAAUUAGUAAUUCAAAUGCGUCUUCACCGUAUGGUGGUCUUGAUGAAUCUGGUCGAAGAUUUUGGGUUGCAGUGAGGUUUCAGCAGUUGUAUUGUGCAAGGAGAGUCGGGAAGUUGCCGUUAGUGGGAGAGUUGACCAUUGACUCAGCCCUUAUCGCUUGGGCUUUCCACUCUGAUUGUCUAGACAGUUUAUUCGAUUCUUUUCUAAAUAACGAUUCAUCUUGGCAAGAAAUGCGCAACAUGGGUAUUGGAUAUUGGUACACAAAUAAAUCACAGUUGCGAGUUAAGAUGGAGAGGCUGGCGAAACAGCAAUAUUUGAAAAAUAAGGAUCCAAAAGCUUGCACGCUUCUUUACGUAGCGUUAAACAGGCUGCAAGUUUUGGCAGGUCUUUAUAAAAUUAGUAAAGACGAAAAAGACAAGCCGUUAGUGGCAUUUCUUUCACGUAAUUUUCAGGAUGAGAAAAAUAAGGCUGCUGCUUUGAAAAACGCUUACGUCUUAAUGGGGAGACAUCAACUGGAGCUUGCGGUAGCUUUCUUUUUGCUUGGAGGUGAUACCGCUUCUGCUAUUAACGUCUGUACUAAAACUCUAGGAGAUGAGCAGCUUGCUCUUGUAAUUUGUCGUCUUAUUGAAGGGUAUAAUGGUCCAUCUGAACACCAUCUUAUAUCCAAGUUUCUGCUACCAUCUGCUUACGAAAAUGGUGACUAUUGGAAAUCAAGCAUUCUCGAGUGGGUUUUGGGGAACUACUCUAAAGCUUUUACGAGCAUGCUUGGUGAGCAAGUUACGUCUCCAAGCGAUAAACCGGCCCUCUUGUCCAACCAUGCAGCGUUUAACGAUUCAAGUGUCGGCCAAUAUUGCAUAAUGUUAGCAAACAAAAACCAGACGAAGAAUGCAAUUGGAGAACGAAAUACCGCAACUCUAUGUAGAUGGGCAGUUUUGAUGAGUUCUACUGCAUUAAGCCGAUGCGGUUUACCUGUUGAAGCGUUGGAGUGCCUGUCAUCUUCUGUCAGUAUAUUCAAUGGUUCCGAACAAAAAAGUGUAUCGGAUAAUUCAGAAAUUAUAAUUCUUGAUGAGAGACUGAAUCCAUCUGCGUAUUCCGCAAAUUGGGUAUCUGGCGAUGCGGCUUUUCACGUUCUCUCACAUGCAAAGUACAGUUUCGCAAUGCAGUACGUUACAAAUUUGUUAACAGAACAUCCAAGUUGGCCACAAAGCGUCACACCGUCAUCUGAAAUUCCGUACAACGCACUGCUUUCAACUUUUGAAAACAAGUUAAACGCAGCGCUUGCAUAUUUUGAGCAGAAGUAUUCCUUGACUCGUUACCAUCUGAUUAAUAUGAUUAUUGUUUCUUUGUACAACCACGGCCUCAUGUUCAUCGGUAGCCAUAUGUUGCAACACGAGCGUUUUGCGUUAAACAGAAAUCCAUCCUACCCUACACUACCAACGCUCCUUUUAAAGGGUAUCGAGGAUUUCUCGUUUUUAUUCUCGAAAUAUAACAUGGUUUGUAUGAUGAAUUGCUGCAACACCGAACCGCAUUCCACUCAGACAAAUAUGGUAACUGGGAAUCGCGGUUCUCGGUUAAGCUCAUGCGGGAUUUAUAUGAAGGAUUUAUUGUCCCUCAUCUCAAAGUUAAAAAGUGGACUGAAACUCGUUGGUGAUUCUUAUGCCGAAUGUUUUCUCGACUUAUGUGAAUAUUACAUAUAUUUCACGUCUGCAUGGUUUCAAAAAAAUCCGAAGAGCGUUAUUUUUGUUUUGAAACCGAUCUUGCUUACGUAUUCCAAUGAAUCGGUAACGUUCAACUCCAACAUGAAAAUUAUAAAUGAUUUUCUUCCGAAACUAUCUGAGUUGUUGGAUCACCAUGAGAUUUCCGUUCAGACCGUUGGAUUAACGGUAAAUGACGAAAACAGUCAUGGCAUACCUGAAAAAGAUAAAUGGCAAAUUAUACGGGCUUCUUUGUGCGGCCUCAUGUCGGGAUUUCUGAAACACCAAAUCGAUUUGUUACCCGAGAAUCUUGAAGAUAAUUACUCCUUGGCUAAAUUGCUGAAAGUGGAAUCAGAACACGCGUUAUCGUAUUGUGCGAAACAGCUGGCAUCGUUCCUGCUGCAGAAAGUGAAAGAUCAAUCGAACGAGUCUACAAUUCUGUGGUUAGAGAAUUUGUGUAGGUCAACACCAAUAACCAAUUAUCGGGGUCUUGGUCAAGGUGUUGACUUUGACUUUAAUCUUUCUAGAGUACUGAAUAAUGAAGAAGGAUUGUCGACAUUUGAAGUGCUAUGGAGUAUGUUUGACGAUGAAAAAAUGCUAUGUGGAGAUUUUGCAGUGGAAUAUUCGAAAUGGUCGCAACUUAUUAAACAAAAACAUACGAAAGGAUGGAAUGAUGUUUAUACAAGCAUCACAGGGGAUCAUGAACCCUCUGAAAAUGACGAUCGAGAAGCUGUUGACCAUUCUAUUGACCUUUCCGUUGACCAUAGAGACCCAGAUAUAAAGAUGAAACACUCUCCUUUUCAGAAGCCUAAAGAAGUACAUAAAAUAAAUGGAGAACUGCUCGAGGCAUUGUGCAUCAACUCCAUUGAUCAACAACAAGCUGCAAUUGCUUGCAAUAAAAAGGGGAUAAUCUUUUAUAACUGGGAAGACGGGCGGUCUUCCUUUGACAAGUCAAACUAUAUCUGGACAGAUGUUGACUGGCCAACUGACGGAUGGGCUGGAUCCGAGUCCACUCCAGUUCCGACAUGUGUUUCUCCCGGAAUUGGUCUUGGUAGCCGAAAAGGGACCCACCUUGGUUUGGGUGGGGCGACAAUAGGUGUCGGUUUAGCAAAACCAGUAAGCACAUCUAGUCUUGGUUGGGAAAUUCAACAAGAUUUUGAAGAACUUGUUGAUCCACCUGCAACCGUAGAUAAUAUUAGAACACGCGCUUUCUCAAGUCACCCUUCAAGGCCUUUCUUCUUAGUUGGUUCAAGCAAUACACAUGUGUAUCUAUGGGAGUUUGGUAAAAAUACAGCUACGGCUACGUAUGGAGUUCUUCCUGCUGCAAAUGUCCCACCGCCGUAUGCUCUUGCAUCGAUCUCAGCCGUCCAUUUUGAUCAUUGUGGGCAGCGAUUCGCCACAGCAGCGUCGGAUGGAACAGUGUGCACUUGGCAGCUUGAGGUUGGAGGAAGAAGCAAUGUUCGUCCAACUGAAUCGUCUCUCUGUUUUAACAACUACACGUCGGAUGUUACAUAUGUUACUUCAAGUGGGUCAAUUGUGGCUGCAGUAGGUUAUAGUUCCAAUAACGUUAACGUUGUUAUAUGGGAUACACUUGCUCCACCGACCACAUCCCGAGCUUCCAUUAUGUGUCAUGAAGGUGGUGCGCGGUCCAUUUGUGUGUUUGCUGAUGAGAUGGGAAGCGGUUCGGUUUCUCCGCUAAUCGUGACAGGUGGAAAAGGCGGAGAUGUCGGAGUUCAUGAUUUCCGUUACAUAGCCACCCGAAGACCAAAAAAACACACGAAUUCUGAUAACGAUGAACAAAAGUUCAGUGCAUCUUCAACCGCAGGCUUGCAUAAUAAACACGGGGAUCAAAAUCGAAAUGGAAUGUUGUGGUACAUACCAAAAGCUCACUCUGGGAGUGUAACAAGAAUAUCGGCUAUUCCGAAUACGAGUUUUUUCUUAACUGGAAGUAAAGAUGGAGAUGUAAAGCUAUGGGAUGCUAAGAGGGCAAAAUUGGUAUAUCACUGGCCAAAAAUGCACGAUAGACACACCUUCAUUCAACCUAGCUCUAGAGGAUUUGGAGGAGUUGUUAGGGCUGCUGUGACAGAUAUUCAAGUUGUUUCAAAUGGUUUUCUUUCAUGUGGUGGUGAUGGUUCAGUUAAGCUGGUUCAACUUAGAGAUUUACUAUAAUCCCACUUGGCCAUCGUCGGCGUCCUGUUUUUGGUGCUGUUCCGGUUAAGCUGUUUUUUUUUUGUUCCUUUCCGACUGGCCAGUGGCCCGUUUUUGGUGUCCUUCCAGUUUAAGGCAAUUUUUAGUUCCUUUUCGACUAUACUUCCGAGUUACGAGUAGCAUGUGUGUGUAUAUAUAUAGAGUACAUCAUGAAACCAAUUACUUAAAAAUAGUCUUAUAUGUUUAUUUUAAUAUUAUUUCAUAUAUAAAUAACUAACUUUUUUGUGCA